AUGCCUGCACUUCUAAAGUUGGGACGAAAAGUUGUAGCGAGCGAGCGUCGCAUCUCCCAGCAUUCGCGGUCCGACGCUAGCGAGGCACGGUUGGUGCCUCCGCGCUCGCCGCUGGUCGAUCUUAACUUUACAGCAUACAUUUUUACAAUUAACACCAUGAGGGUCCCGAAGACCCUGCUGCUGCUGUUCGCUGUAGUCAUCGCAAAGGUGUCAUCGAGUAAAAUUUUUUGGGACGAGGAAGACGAUGUUUCGAACGAGUUCUUAGAAGUGGGCAGCUUCUUGGGAAGGUUUAAACGACAAUUAACGGCGACACCACCACCUGAGAACAACGAGAGUGUCACGGCCGAUGACGAAGAGUCGAUUGACAAUGACAAUGAUUUCGACGAAGGUUCCGGACUCUCGGGUGGCCGGUUGGAGACAGAAUUCAAAGAAAAAACCCUUCACGUGUCCUUCGUGGUUAAUCAGCCAUAUCAGACGGAAUACUCCAACCGAGACUCAGUGGAAUUCCAGAAUUUCUCACAGUCUCUAGCUGAAGCGGUUAACGCUGUCUUUCAAAAUCUCCCUGGAACCCACAGAGCUAGUCUUGUGCGAAUCCAAUCCCGGCCAACAGACGAGUUCACAUGCAAGGUCACAUUAGAAAUAGUUACUAUGGGUUAUGAAACUGAUAGAAUUACCGAAAUACUUCGGGACUACAUCAGGAAGAAGAGGACCCUUGGAAAUGUUGCCGUGGACGAUGUGGGUUUCAGCUCCACCGUCAUUGACCCAGGAAAUAAUACUCCAUUGGACACCUGCACCAUUGAUGAGAUCAGAUGCUACGAUGGUCGUUGUGUGCCAGAGACGGCAAGAUGCGAUGGAAAAAAUGAUUGUUCCGAUGGCUAUGAUGAAUUAAACUGUGCUGAAUUGGAUAACGAAGAUGAUGAAGGAGAAGAUCAGGACCAAGAUUUAGAUCAAGAUCAGGACCAGGAUGUGGAUCAGGAUCCCGAUCAAGAUCAAGACUUAGACCAAGACCAAGAUCCAGAUGUAGAUCAGGAACAAAACCAAAAUCAGGAACAAAACCAAAAUCAGGAUCAAAACCAAAAUCAGGAUCAAAACCAAAAUCAGGAUCAAAACCAGAACCAAGAUAACGAUCAAAGUCAGGGUGAAAACCCAGACCAAUCUCAAAAUGGAGACAGUGACCCAUACCAAACUUCUGAACAAUAUAUCCCUGUAGAUAGCGGCAGGGAAUCAGACUAUAAUAAUAAUGGUAAUAAUGACAAUUCCAUCGAUAACAAUGUCAACGGUGUCGAUUCCGACGUAGCUACUUCGGAUCCAUUGGAUUUUGGACCAUCGGAAGAUAAUCGUGAAAACGCCGGAGACCCUGACGUCAAUUCCUGGACCGAAAGACCAGGAUGUCAAGGCAAUGAUAUAAGCUGUGAUGAAACUCGGUGCAUCUCAAUUGACAUGAGAUGUGACGGUAGACAAGACUGCGACGAUGGCACCGAUGAAGCUGAUUGCCUUAAUAUAGCGCUAAGAGCUAAGACGUUAGCUAAGAGCGAUGGCUGA